AUGUAUUCCAGCAACUAUUCUUUCAAACAGCCAACUAGGCACGAUCUUGAUCUACCGACACUAAGAUGGCAUCAAAAGACACCGAAUAUACCAUGGCUGGUCAUAUUCGGCGCUUUCACUUGUGCAUUCUGCACCGUCGGUUUUAUGAACUCGUUCGGCAUAUUCCAAGAGUAUUACGCGAAGAAUCAACUUGCCUCCGACUCGGCCUCUACAAUUGCAUGGCUGGGUGCCAUCUCAAUUCUCUUUUUGUUUGGCAUUUCCGUCAUUUCAGGAGCAAUGCUUGAUAUGUUUGGCCCCAAGCUGAUGGUCUAUUCUGGAUCAGUGGGCAUGGUCUUCGCACUGAUGAUGAUCUCACUAUGCCACAAGUUCUACCAAUUCCUGCUUGCCCAGGGUGUUCUGCUGGGCAUUUCGAUGGCUCUGUCCACAUGGCCCAUGCUUGCAUUAGUCGGACAAUAUAUCAAAGUGAAGCGCGCCGCAGCCCUGGGCAUCGUUCUUGCGGGGUCUUCAUUGGGAGGAGUCAUCUGGCCCAUUGUAAUCGAUAGGCUGCUCAAGAACCCCAAGAUCGGAUUUCCCUGGACCAUGCGGAUCGUCGGCUUUAUUAUGAUUCCUCUCUUCAUAUUCUCUUGCGUGGCGGCCAAGUCACCAGAGACACAGAUGCAAGGCGUGGAAAGCGCAAAUCCCGAACCCGCCGAGAGCAAAGCAGUUGAUGGACCUGGAAAGAAACAGCAAAGAAAGGCGCAAGUCCUAGCACUCUUCCGACAGCCUGAAUUGCGAUUGCUUUGCCUCGCCAUUUUCAUUAUUUACUUUGGCAUGUUUGCGCCGUUCUUCUACACGACUUCGUACGCUGUUGAGAUGGGAUUUUCCACAACACUGGCAUUUUAUACCGUUUCCAUUGUGAACGGCUCUUCAUUCUUUGGCAGAAUCCUACCAGGUAUUGUGGCCGAUCGAUACGGCAAGUUCAACUGCUGUAUCCUGGCGACCAUCUCAUCGGGUCUGAUUGCACUCUGUUGGACAAAAGUCACAUCCGUAGCCGGUCUAGUGCUGUGGUCCGCUGCAUACGGGUUUACUUCAGGGGGGAUCCUCUCGCUCCAACAAGCCUGUGCUGCUCAAGUUGCGACUUCCGGUACUCUUGGGUUGGCUAUUGGAAGCGUUUCAGGCUCUGCUGCUUUAUCUGCAAUGGCAAAUGUGCCUAUCAGCGGUGCUCUCGUCGAGAAGUAUGGGUAUCUCUCCCUUUCGAUAUUCUCCGGUGUAUCCUUGUUAGUGGGCGGUGUUCUCUUGAUCGCAGCUCGGCUGGUGCAAAACAAGAACCUUCGAGCAAUUGUAUGA